UUAACUGCUGUGAGAACCGAUGGACUGCUCUGUAUCAGGCUACGUCGUAACCUCUGCCCCACAGUCCUCCCAGGGCACAUAGCUUGGUUGCUGGCCGGAAGAAGCCGCGAAACUGGUCUGCAUUAUUUACCUAAAGCACCACAUGCAAAUGCUCCAUGGCUUGAGACGUGUACACCUUCUCUGGCCUCCAUACGGAAAACCUGCCUCUUAGUGCCAACUCACAAGGCUGUGCUUCCCAGUCAGGGAAGGUAAGACUGAGUCAUGCCAAAGAAUCGUAUGGCUGAGAGCGUAUGCAGAGGAGCAAAAAGCACCUGAGCGCAGAACCGGGAUGGGAUUGGGCUGCUGUUCGUGUGCUCUGUGCGCUGGCGACACCCUGUCCCGCUGCUGAAGAACAAGGCCCAGCUCUGUGACCCCGCUCCAAUCCGCUCCGCCCCGCCCCGCCCGCCCGACCAGCCCCGCGACAUGGAGGAGCACGCCAGCUGUCCCAACGUCAGCAUCCCCUGCUACAACGAGCAGAGGGACAAGAAGAAGCGCUUCACCGUUUACAAAGUCAUGGUCAGCGUCGGGAGGCACGAAUGGUUCGUCUUCAGGAGAUACGCAGAGUUCGACAAACUCUACAACACGUUAAGAAAGCAGUUUCCUUCCAUGAACCUGAAGAUCCCAGCUAAGAGAAUAUUUGGGGACAAUUUUGAGCCAGGGUUUAUAAAACAAAGAAGAACUGGACUCCAUGAAUUCAUCCAGAGGAUAGUCUCCCAUCCCGAACUUAGUAACCAUCCCGAUGUCGUUGACUUUCUUCAGAUGGACAAAUCGAAAAACUUCUCAGAUGCCUCCGAGGAUGAAGAUGAUAAAAAAAGCCCUACCUCCCGCAAUAUUAACCUGGGACCCUCUGGAAACCCUCUUGCAAAGCCCACAGACUUUGACUUCCUUAAAGUCAUUGGGAAGGGAAGUUUUGGCAAGGUCUUUCUCGCCAAAUGCAGAAGGGACGAGAAGUUCUACGCAAUCAAGGUCUUGCAGAAGAGAGUCAUUCUGAACAGGAGAGAGCAAAAACACAUCAUGGCCGAACGCAAUGUGCUGCUGAAGAACGUGAAGCAUCCCUUCUUGGUGGGGCUGCAUUAUUCCUUCCAGACUGCAGACAAACUGUACUUUGUCUUGGACUUUGUCAAUGGUGGAGAGCUUUUCUUCCACCUCCAAAGAGAACGGACCUUUCCAGAACCCAGAGCAAGGUUCUACAUUGCAGAAAUGGCAAGCGCGCUGGGCUAUUUGCAUUCCCUGAACAUUGUUUACAGGGAUUUGAAACCGGAAAAUAUUCUACUUGACCACGAAGGACAUGUAGUUUUAACUGACUUUGGACUGUGCAAAGAGGGCAUCUCCCAAGCUGAUACCACAACCACAUUCUGUGGGACCCCAGAGUAUCUAGCCCCAGAGGUCCUGAGGAAGCAACCAUAUGACAACACUGUGGACUGGUGGUGCCUGGGAUCUGUCCUUUACGAGAUGCUCUUUGGCCUGCCUCCGUUCUACAGCAGGGACACGCACGAGAUGUAUGACAACAUCCUGCACAAGGCGCUGGUGAUGCGGCCCGGGGCGUCUGGCAGCGCCUGGUCGAUCCUGCAGGCUCUUCUGGAGAAGGACCGGACCAGGAGGCUAGGCUCCAGAGAGGACUUUAUUGAGGUCAAGAGUCACAGUUUCUUUUCCUCCGUCAACUGGGAGGACCUAGAACAGAAAAAGAUUCCACCCCCAUUCAAUCCAAAUGUGAAUUCUCAGUAUGACAUUGCAAACUUUGAUCCAGAAUUCACAGAUGAAACCGUUCCAAACUCUGUCUGCUAUUCCACCGAACAUUCCAUUGUCAAUGCCAGUGUAAUGGAAGCUGAUGAUGCCUUCUUGGGCUUUUCUUAUGCCCCGCCCUCAGACGAUGCCUUCAUGUAGAAGAUCCCAAUGUCUACAUCUCUCUUUCUCUUCUUACUUGAGUGCUAUAGAUUGGUGACGAAAAAGGGAAUAAUUCCUUUUCUACAUGAAUUCCUUUCAACAGAUGGCCAAAGCCUUUGUAGUCAGAUAACACUUCUAAAUGGUAUGGACAGCUGGCUGUGUCAGGAUAUCAUUUUUUAAUCUUAUGGUAUUUAUGUAACAUAUUAUAUUUAAAAUAUAUAUGUAUAUAUAUUUGAUCAAGAUAUUAACAUGUUCAACCAAAUUUGUUUUGUAAAUGACUUACUUAUACCUUAUAAUCACGGUUUUCAUUUUAAUGUACUGCAAUGAAAAUUUAUAUCACCUUCCAAUUUUUUUUUUUUAAUUACUAAAUUAAAAUAUGCAGGCAUGAAUAAUGCAAUUGCAUAAACUAAUUUUGUUUCUCCACCAAAGAGGUCACCUGUUUGCCAUAAUGUGCCUAACAUCAAAUAGUGUUUGAUGCUGUAUUUAAAAAGAAUUUAUUAGGUUUCUGUGUAAAUAUUUUUGUAUAUAGUAUUUUGGUGGACAGAAUUAACUGUUACAUAAGUAUGACCAAGCCUCAAGUAAGAUUACAAUUUUAUGAUUUAAGAAGCUAAUUUUGUCUCGGAAGUCAUUAGUAAGAAGCCAACUUUUGUUACAAGCAUAUAAUUGUAAUUUCCUUUUGAACAUGAAUAUGUCUUCGUCCCCAUUUGUUUAUCAUAUUAAAAGAAUUAGCCUGCUA